CAGUGCAGCGACUGGUGCAAAUGUUCUCGUCAUGACAUGAGCUGCUGCUGCCUGGACCUGUAGGAACAAGCUGGCGCAGCAGCAGUCAAUCCACAGCGUUGAGUCAAGCUGCAUCAUAUGAGAGGACUGAGAGACAAGCUGCAUCUCUGCUGCUGCUGAGAGACACACGAGAUGACAUAAGCUAGCAUUACCUUGAACACCUGGAUCAGAUUGUGCUUUAUAGUCAGUUUUAUUGAGCUAUUUGCUGCUUAAGCUUGCUAUAGAAGCAGGCCAAGUCACCAGAUGCUCCCAGCUGAGCCUCCCUCCUCACAUAGAUGUCAUAGAUCCGACCUGCUGCAGGCUGUAAGCGUUAGCUCGCCGCCGCCGCUGCUGCUGCUGCUGCUGCUGCUAGCCUCCAGACACUGAAGUGGCCACAUAAACAUGCGGAUCAUCGAGGCGGAGACCCGCGGGACAUCUCUAAACAACGCCUUCUGCAGAACACGAGUCUCCACUAGCCGCUGACUGGACUCUGCAGGAGUCUUUGUAGGGGAAAGAGCGACGGAUCUCCAGGACCAGAUUGCCCGCUGAACUUUUUGCAUCUCAGACAGAUCGCCAGGGACCAUGCUGACCAUUCUAGCUGCUGGGUCUAUGUUCUUUCCAGGUCUUUUCCUGCUGUCCAAACAAUGCCUGAAGUCAAUUCCAGCGCUAAGGUGGAGCGAAGGAGAUGCUGUCAUUGUAUCUGCAAGGUUGGUUUCAUCAGUUCAGGCAGUCAUGGCCUCCUCAGCUGGCUACAUCAUUGCUUCUUCCUGCGAGGACAUCCUCGAGGACCAGCAUUGGCUGACAAGCGCUUACAUCAUGUUUGCUGUCCCCUACUUUGUGUACGACAUCUACGCAAUGUUCAUGUGCUACUGGUACAAGCUACGGGUCAAAGGGCAUGAGGAGGCCUCGGCAGCGCCCCAGCACAUGAGCACAGCAAUGACCAGCUACUUGCGUCGCGAGUUCCUCAUGGUGCUGCACCACGUUGUCAUGGUCACCGUCUGCUUCCCCGUCUCUGUGUUUUGGCGAAGAAAGGGAGAUUAUUUCCAGGGCGUAAUGUUCAUGGCUGAGCUCAGCACUCCAUCUGUCUGCUUAGGAAAAAUACUCAUCCAGUACAAACAGCAACACACUCUCCUGCACAAAGUGAAUGGGGCUCUUAUGCUGAUCACUUUUUUCAUCUGUCGAGUCCUCCUCUUCCCUUACCUCUACUACGCCUAUGGAAGGUACGCGUCCAUUCCCUUCCACAUGGUGCCCCUGUCGGUGCCCUGGCACACUAACCUCGGUGCUGCUCUGCUCAUGGCGCCCCAGCUCUAUUGGUUCUCCCUAAUUUGCAGGGGUGCCCUGCGACUAUUCACGGGCUCCUCCCGCUCUCAGAGACCGCGCGCGACCACUGGCGCCGCCAAGGAGAGGCAGACGGAUGGCAACGCGUUGCCCCAGCCCGCCAACGGCUACAGCACGCGCUCCUCAGAGCCCGAGCUGGCCACUCACUGAGAAGAGUGGAGGGGAGGGGAGGUUGGGGGAGGGAAGGAAGGCGAAUGUACCAAUGAGUAUGUAAAGGAAAGAAAGCUGCGAGGGGAAAAAGUGAGACUUGAAACAAGUAGCAAUAUGAAGAGAGCUACAGACGAUGGCCUCAAAUCAUGCUGAAGUGUUUGUGUCCAGCAGUCACACUCAAAAUGAUUUUGGUCGCUGGCCUUCAAACACUUCAGCUUCUCAGUUUGUAGGAAACAAGUUGGAGUGUUAGUGCACUCAGUAUUUUAAAGAUGUCAUCGGGCACUGUGACAGAUAGGAACAUGCACUGACCUGAGAGGAAUCUGCCUGGAUGUAUAGCGAGCAUAGGUGGCUAUUUCCCUCAUGUAGAUCAAAAUUCAGUCCUCUCUGCCUCACGGUAUAGGAAGAGCAGGAAAAUAGGAAUGUAUAAUAUUGUAUGUUUAGUACAUUUGCUGUAGAUGGAAGGCCUAAUUCAGUUUAGUAAUGAAAGAAGACCUUCAAAGAAGAAAAAAAAAUCCCGGCUAAGCAGUAUUUUGACUUGUUAGUGUUUAAUAUCUGUAUCCUCUAUGUAGUCACUGUCACUCUAACAAAAUGUAACCAACCUGCAGACUGACUCAUCUUUUAGAAGGGAGAUAAUCUCAUAAGACUGUAUUCUGCUGCCUUAUCCCUUUUCCCCCCCCAUUCUUUGCAGUUUCUUUAGGUUUUAAUUUAUUUUUUAUCCUCAGAGGAGAAGGACGAAACAGAAAAAUGUGACGGGUGUACAUAGCCGAUGUAAAAUUGUCCUUAUUUCCAUGUCAGUAUUAGGUCAAUGUUGGUUUUCACUUUUAUUUAAUUUUUUAGGUUUUGUUUCUAAAGAUGUUUUUGAACAAUGACAUUUCAGCAUUACAACAAAACAUUUCACCGUUUUACAGCUUAGUGUGCGCAAACCUCCCCCGGACGUCACGGCAGUGCUUCACGUUUCAGUGUAGAUAUGACUUCAUUCCAUUAACUGGUAUCACAAAGUGUUUUUUUUUGCAUACAAGGAAGUGACGCACAGUAGCAGUCACUUUAAAAUGAGUGUUUUUUAGUUUGGUGCUGAUAUAAAUCUCAAAAUAUCCAUUUGAUUGGCUGGAAUAUUUCAGUAAGGGAUCCAUAAAAUUUGAGGAUUUAUAGAUUUGUCAGGGGAUUUGCAAUGUUUGCAGUUUGAAGGGAAACAAAAGCGAAAAGUAGUCUCGCAGGGACGUGUUCCCGCAUGAUAGACAUGCAGCACAUUUAUUAUGAUGUUCCUCAUUUAUUUUUUAACCAUUAUUAAGUCUAUGAAUUGUUUUAAGCCUUUUACAUUGUACGAAUAACUUCAAUCAUUUAGCCGUUUAUUUGAGCCACCGGUUCUAUGAACCUCUUAUGAACAAACUGGCUAGUUUUAUCAUUUCAUGUUUGUUUUAAGCAGCUUCACUGUCCUAGAAAUGGGUCAAGAAAAAAUGAAAACAAAGCUCAGAAACCAUCAAGACAGGCCAGCGUGUGCCAAAACAUCCGGACAACUGUGGGCAUGUUGAACACAGAGCAUCCAUUCCCCCCGUUCCAUGAACUCGUAAGGUACUGCUUCUUGACGAUACUAAAACAUUUCAACUGAUGUACUGUAUAUUCCACAAAAUGCUCGUUAUUUAUUUGUAAGUAUUUAUUUAUUUAUUUAUUUGGUUUGUGGUUUUUGAAUGCAUAUUUAUGCAUACAUAUUAUACUAUAUGCUUCUGAGCCUUAUGUGAAGGCUGUAUUGUUACUCCAACUUAGCUAAAAUAUACUUCUCUGUCCUGA